AAGGGCGGCAACAAGGGAGCGGUCAAAGGUACACAUUCACCGCAUACUUUCUUGGACUGACAGUUGCACUAACAGGAUGAGGGGCGAGGACUGAAGAGACAAAGAGCUAUUUGAAAAAAAAAUCGACAGGAAUAGAGGACACGAGCCAGUGAAAGACUGUCUAAGUAUAGAUCCGUCCAGAUCCACAGUAAGCUGUCCACAGGAUUACAAUCACCAUGGUUACACUGGACUUUGGGAAACUGACUGCGCCAGUGGGCAUCGUGCGGAUACUGGAGGUGAUUUUCACCUGUAUCUCCUUCAGCCUGGUGGCAUCAGUGGGCCACACGACGCAGUCCUUCUGGACUUGGUGCAUGUUCACAUGGUGCUUCUGCUUCUGCGUCACUCUGCUCAUACUCAUCCUGGAGUUCAUCAGCCUCGGCAAUAAGUUGCCCAUCUCCUGGGAAGAUUUCACUGCCGCUUAUGCCAUGUUGGCUACUCUAAUGGUGCUGGCAGCAUCCAUUAUCUAUCCCUACUACUACACUUGCCCAAGUUGCGGCAAACAGAUUGGUGCCACUGUUAUUUCCUGUCUGGCCUUCAUCCUGUACGCUGUUGAGGUCGGGUUAACUCGGGCUAAAGCUGGUGAGAUCACUGGAUUCAUGUCCUCAAUCCCAGGCCUCCUCAAGGUUCUGGAGGCCUUCGUGGCCUGCAUCAUCUUCAUCUGCUUGGACAGAAGUCAGUACUCUAAUUAUCCAGGGCUCCAGUGGUGUGUUGCUGUCUACUCCAUUUGCUUCAUUUUUGCCCUCCUUGUCAUUAUUCUCACUAUCGGCCGCCUUCUUCAUCUCUUCCCCAUACCGUUUGACAAAAUCCUGACAGUCUGCAACGGAUUAGCGGUGUUGAUGUAUCUCACAGCUGUAGUCAUCUGGCCGCUGUACAGCUUCAAGAACAAUCCCAGACCGAACUAUUGCUCAGGAUUCAGAGGAUGUCCCUGGGAUAAUUUAGUGGUUAUCUCUUUCAUGACUGCUUUUAAUCUGGGUACUUACAUUGCAGAUACGAUUUAUUCUUUUAAGCUGCAGUUCUUCCACACCACAACAUAAGCUGCUAAUCGUCUUAUAUUUUAGCUGUUGAAACAAAGUUGAUAAAGCAGUUUACAUUCUUUAUUUUUGGUAUUUUCACGGUGAUGCCAACACACUGGUUCGUUGUGGAUUUUGGAUGAGGGUGACUUUUAUCUGUUAUUAUUAGGGAUAAAAUUGGAUUUUUUUUGCCGAUAUCCAAUGUAACAAUAUAAAACUCAUUUGGCAGAUGACCAAUAUCAAUAUAUCUACUUUUUCCCACAUAAUUGUAGUGAUCAUCAAGUCAUAUUAAAGUUAUCGUAUUACACAUACUCUUAUCAUGAUGGCACACGAGCAGAUGGAGACAUAAAAUAAUGCUUUUCAAUGUUUGUCAUAUUCAAUCAUUGUGCAAAAAGUGUCACUGGUCAUUUUAGAGCUGAUACUGGCAGUUUCCAAUGACAUGCUCAUAUUAUCAGUAUGUUUGCCGGUUCUGAUAUUUCAUUUCGAAGCCAACAUCGGCUGUUACAAAUGAUGUGCCGAUAUUAUUGUGCAUUCCUAGUCUUAAUGAUGACUUCUUCGAGGACAUAAAACAUAUGUGACUGUGUCUAAGGGGGUAGGUUUUGUUUUAGCAUCGACAUAUGAGACUGGUGGU